AUGACCGUUGUCAACAACGCUGCUACCAAUGGCUGCGCUUCAAAACCUCCCCGGCGACUUCUUCUCAUCAGCGUUCCACGCACCGCCUCUAAUUUACUGGUGAAGGUGUUGAACAUCCACAACCGCUCAAAUGUUCUCACUACCGAAAAGGGCGGCUACUUCUUCUAUAAUGCUUUCCUUUCCGCUGUGCAUUUGAGCAAGCCGCGCGAUCAGUGGACUGACGACGAGACGAAAAAGGUGCAGGUUGCCUUCCAGGAAGCCGUGGACAGUUUGGAGGAAUACUCGACACGAGCGCAGGACGAAAACAAGAUGAUGUUUGCCAAAGAACACGCCUUCUGGAUCUUCAAUCCCGCCUCCUUCGAGAAAAUGCUGCGAGGCACCACGAAUACGGAACACUUUAAUGAUUUUGCUAUUAAAGUGCCUGAGAGCUACGGAUCCACGCAGACCUUCUCUUCGAAGAACGAGACCGUCCUGCCGGAUGAGUAUUUGCGCUCCUGGCAGAUGGCAUUCGUUAUCCGCCACCCAGCGUUGGCGUGGCCGUCGCUGUACCGGGCCAUGACCAAAAUGUCCUCCGUCGGUUUUAUUGACGAAGAUGCUAUUAGAGGAGCUACUGCAACCAGCCUGUCGCUGCGCUGGACACGGAUGCUAUACGAAUGGUGCUUGGAACAGCCGGAUGUGCCGACCGAGCCACCGGUGCUGGACGCCUACGACGUGAUCCACAACCCCGGGGCCGUGCAAAAUUUCUGUGAGCGUGUGGGCCUGGACCCGAGUGAAGUGCAGUACGAGUGGGAUGACAAGGCUGCCGAAGCCGCGCUCACCAAAUUGGAUGAACGCGAGCGUGCUGCGCAGUCCAUCAUGCUCUCUACGCUGCAUGCAUCGAAGGGUGUUGUCAAGGACAAAACGCCUGCGAAUAUUGAUAUCGCCGUUGAAGCCGAAAAGUGGAAGGCUGAGUUUGGAGAGGAGGUUGCCCAGAUUAUUGAGAAAGCCGUUUGGGACUCAAUGCCGGAUUACGAGUAUCUCAAGGCUCGUCGAGUCACGGUCUAA